AGAUUUUAAUGUUAAAAUAUUAAAUUAAUCAUAUAAAUUGAACUCCAAAUUUAGUUAAAUUAAUUCUAGAAAAAUGAAAUUUCACAAGUAGUUUGGGAACGGAAGAUGACACAAGUAAUUGAUCCUUAAACAUGGUGUUAGCACUAAUAAUUAUUGUUACAUUAGUUGCUCUCUCGUUUUUAAUUACCUUGAAGGUUACAAUUUGAAUUUGUCUUUCUAGGAGUUGUUUUUUAGCUCAUUUUCAACGCUGGUUGUUAGUAUUCUUCGUUUUUUCCUCCUCUAUACACAAUUCAGAGUUGUUUUUUUUACCUCAUUUUCAACACUUGGUUGUUAAUUUUCUUGGUUUUUUUUUUUCUCCUAAACGCACUAUACUUCUUUUGCUUUUGCUUUCACUAAUUACCAAAAGUAUGUCAGAAGAAAUAUUUUUUUCUUGGAGAAUCUGUUCUUGCUUUCACGUGUAGGACUCUGGUAUUUGGUUUUCUCAAUUGUCAACAUUCCUCAUUGUUACAUGCUAUAAAUUGAUGGGCUGUGUUUGCUCUUCUAUUCAAUGAGGGAGGUUCCAUCUUUCUUAGUGAUGAUUACUUUCUUCAGAGUUCUUGAUAAGGGAACACUGAUCCAGAUGAAAUCUUUAGUGUUUUUCAAGUUGUUAGGAAUGCUGGCUUUUUCACUGUGCUGUGGUGGUGUUCUUGCUAAGGAGUGUAUUAACACUAUUACUCCAUUGUCAUCACACACUUUUAGAUAUGAGUUAUUGUCUUCACAAAAUGAAACCUUGAAACAAGAGAUUUUUAGCCAUUACCAUUUGAUUCCUACUGAUGAUUCAGCCUGGUCUAGCUUGCUACCUAGAAAGGUGUUGAGAGAGGAAGAAGAAUUUGAUUGGGCGAUCAUGUAUAGAAAGAUAAAGAAUUCUGGUGGUCUCAGAGAAGUUGAUGGUUUAUUGAAUGAGGUUUCACUCCAUGAUGUGAGAUUGGAACCUAAUUCAUUGUAUGGAAUUGCUCAGCAAACUAAUUUGGAGUACUUGUUAAUGUUGGAUGUUGAUAGAUUGGUUUGGAGUUUUAGGGAAACAUCUGGUCUAGAGAAGCCUGGUGAGCCAUAUGGAGGUUGGGAGAAACCAGAUAGCGAGGUUCGAGGUCAUUUUGUUGGUCAUUACCUUAGUGCCACAGCACACACUUGGGCCAGCACCCACAAUGACAGUCUUGGAGAGAAAAUGUAUUCUGUUGUUUCUGCACUAAAUGCCUGCCAGGAAAAGAUGGGUACAGGGUACCUUUCUGCCUUCCCUUCAAAACUUUUUGAUCGCCUUGAAGCUAUACAACCAGUCUGGGCGCCGUAUUAUACAAUUCACAAGAUAUUGGCAGGUCUUUUGGAUCAGCAUACUUUAGCAGGCAAUCCUAAAGCUUUGAAAAUGGCUACAUGGAUGGUUGAUUACUUCUACAAUCGGGUGCAAAAUGUGAUUUCGAAGUAUACCAUUCAAAGGCACUGGAAUUCAUUAAAUGAAGAAACUGGCGGCAUGAAUGAUGUUCUUUAUAGGCUGUACAGAGUAACGGGUGAUUCAAAGCACUUAAUCUUGGCUCACCUUUUUGACAAACCAUGUUUCUUAGGGCGCUUAGCUGUACAGGCUGAUGACCUAUCAGGUUUUCAUGCAAAUACGCACAUUCCAAUUGUUGUUGGAUCACAACUGCGUUAUGAGAUUACUGGUGAUCCAAUUUACAAGGAAAUUGGGAUGUUCUUCAUGGAUAUUGUCAAUUCUUCCCACAGCUAUGCAACUGGAGGGACAUCAGUCGGUGAGCAUUGGUCAGAUCCGAAGAGGCUAGCAAGCACGCUAAGCACAGAGAAUGAGGAAUCAUGUACUACCUAUAAUAUGCUGAAGGUUUCCCGCCACCUGUUCAGAUGGACCAAAGAAAUGGCAUAUGCUGAUUAUUACGAGCGAGCAUUAACAAAUGGUGUUCUCAGCAUCCAAAGGGGAAGAGAUCCCGGGGUGAUGAUAUAUAUGCUUCCACUUCAACGUGGUGGUUCCAAAGCUCGGAGCUACCAUAAAUGGGGAUCACCUUUUAGUGACUUUUGGUGUUGCUAUGGAACAGGGAUUGAAUCAUUCUCCAAAUUGGGAGAUUCUAUUUACUUCGAAGAGAAAGGGAAUUCUCCUGGGCUCUACAUUAUCCAGUAUAUAUCUAACUCUCUUGAUUGGAAAUCUGGGCAAGUUGUGGUGAGUCAGAGCGUAGAGCCUGUUGUUUCAUGGGACAAUCGCCUUCGAGUGACAAUUACGGUGUCCUCAAAGAGGAAUGCAACUAGUGCACCAUCUACAUUGAAUCUGAGGAUACCAAGUUGGACAAAUUCUAGUGCAAAAGCAUCCUUGAAUGGGGAGGAUUUAUCUCUACCUCCACCAGGUAACUUCCUAUCGAUCACCAAGGGCUGGGGCUCAGGUGAAAAAAUCACCAUUGAGCUGCCCAUGAAUCUUAAGACAGAGGCCAUUAAAGAUGACCGUCCUGAAUAUGCAUCGAUACAGGCAAUUCUUUAUGGUCCAUACCUUCUUGCUGGCCAUUCUACUGGUGAUUGGGACGUUAAAAGCAAAGCCACAUCUCUGUCAGAUUUGAUAACUCCAGUUCCAUCUGACUAUAAUUCUCAUUUAAUAUCUCUCACACAAGAAUCCAGUAAUGCAACAUUUGUUCUGACAAGCACAAAUCUCUCUAUUCAAAUGGAGAAGUACCCUGAAGCUGGAACAGAUUCUGCUGUCAGUGCUACCUUCAGACUCAUCUCAAAUGACAAAAGAACUGUCAAUCUUUUUGAACCACAGGAUUUUAUUGGGAAACUAGUCAUGUUAGAGCCUUUUGACUUCCCAGAAAUGUUGAUAACUCAUCCAGGAAAUGACACCAGUCUUGUGAUCACACAGUCCUCAGAUGGCGCUGGAUCUUUGUUCCGUUUGGUUGCAGGAUUGGAUGGAAAGGACGGGACAGUUUCAUUAGAAUGUGAAACCCAACAUGGUUGCUUCUUCAAUAGUGGUGUGGACUACCAAGACACUGAAAGAGUCAAGCUUAACUGCAAUUCAAAGUCCUUAGAUGCUGUAUUCAAACAGGCAGCGAGCUUUAAGUUGGGAAAAGGGAUUACCCAGUAUCACCCUAUUAGCUUUGUGGCAAAAGGUGCUAUGCGAAACUUUCUUUUGGCACCAUUAUUGAGCUUCAAAGAUGAAUCUUAUACUGUGUAUUUCAACAUUCAAUCGUAGUUGUUGUCAAGGAGGUUAAGAGUUGUCACAAAUAAAAAUAACUCUAAUUAACCGGU